ACUCCCCCAUCCUGUUCCCUCCCUCUCCUUAGGGACCUAUAAAAGAGUUGUCCCAUUCCCUGGAUCUUCAGUCUCUUCCAGACCAGCAUCAUCAACAGAUCCAUCAUGAGAUUUGUGGCUCUAGCUUUGACCAUUCUGUUGGCAGGUUGCCAGGCCCGUUCCCUGCAGGCUGAUGCUCCUUCCCAGUUUGAGCAUGUAAAAUCAGUCGUAGAGAUGUACCUGGGUCAGGUCAAGGACACUGCACAGAAGUCCCUUGAACACCUCGAUGACACAGAGUACAAGGAAUACAAGAAGAAGCUCCAUCAAUCUUUUGAGAACCUCCAUGCCUACUUGACCCAUGCCCUUGAUACCGCAACUCCAUACGGACAGGCCGCUCAAGCUCAGCUCAUGGAUACCACUGCCUCAAUCCGUGAGCAGAUCACAAAGGACAUCGACGACCUGCGUAAGCAGCUGGAGCCCAAACGUGAGGAGCUGCAGAAGGUCCUGCAGAAGCACUUUGAGGAGUACCGUGAGAAGCUGGAGCCUGUUGUGAGGGAGUAUAUUGCCACCAAGCGUGAGGAGUUGGAGGCUCUGAAGGCAAAGAUGGAGCCUCUGGUUGAGGAGAUGCGUACCAAGAUCCAGACCAACGUGGAAGAGACCAAGACCAAGCUGAUGCCCAUGAUUGAGGCCGUGCGUGCCAAGCUGACCGAACGUCUGGAGGAGCUGAGGACCAUGGCUGCUCCCUACGUUGAGGAGUACAAAGAGCAACUGCAGAAGGCCGUGCACGAUCUCCGUGAGAGGGUUGCCAAUGAAGACCUGCAGGGUAAGGUGUCUCCCUACGCUGAUGAGUUGAAGACCAAGUUGAAGGAGCUGUACGACACCAUCAGGAAGGCCCUGGGCCAGGACGCCUAAACCAUCUCCCUCCAAUCCACCACCCCCUCCAUAGCCUCUAAGGCCCAAUCCUUUAAGCCCCAAUUCCCUCACCUCUCAUCAGCCUUCAAGGCCUAACUUCCAACCACAUGGCAUCGAGUCAGACAUCAUCAGCCUUGUUCCAUCGACUAACUAUUGCAAAAACACGCACACACUCACAUUCAACAUGUGCUAGCUAAACAUGCUUAAAAAUCAUGCCUCAUGAUGAGGUAAUGCUCGGACCGUGGCUAUCCUCUCAUAUACCAUGCAUAGCAUCGGAGCACAUACAUGCACACUAACACACACGUGCUUAUCUAAACAUAAUUUUAUGUUGUGUAGAAUAUCACUGGCCAAAGUUUUGUGUUGUGUUGUCGCUUGUUUAAAAUUGUGCCUAAAGAAUGCCUGUCCAAUAAAACCAGACAGUUUCAUACAAAUA